UACAAGUCUACCUGUAAAAUAGAUGUCGAGUACUUCCCAUUUGAUGAACAAUCGUGUCUAAUGAAGUUUGGCAGUUGGACUUAUGAUGGACAUGAGGUAGAUCUCCGUCACGUUAAACAACAAGACGACUCCAACUCAGUGGAGAUGGGGAUCGAUAUGAGUGCUUUCUAUAAGAGUGUUGAGUGGGAUAUCCUUCUAAUUCCUGCCAAUUAUAAUGAAGAAUAUUAUGAUUGCUGUCCCGAACCCUAUCCCGACGUAACAUUCAAUAUAACCCUCCGAAGAAAGACCCUCUUCUAUACCGUCAAUCUCAUCAUUCCGUGCGUCGGUAUCUCUUUCCUCACGGUAUUAGUGUUUUACUUACCGUCUGAUAGUGGAGAGAAAGUCACCUUGUCCAUAUCCAUUCUCGUAUCGCUCACUGUGUUCUUUCUACUUUUGGCCGAAAUAAUACCCCCAACAAGUCUCGCAGUACCACUUUUAGGCAAAUACUUAUUGUUUACAAUGAUCCUGGUCACAUUGUCUAUAUGUGUGACGGUGGGUGUCCUGAACGUGCACUUCAGGUCGUCAUCGACUCACCGAAUGUCCGGUUGGGUCCGCACUCUCUUCAUUCAUAUGAUGCCUCGACUGCUGCUUAUGAAGAGGCCUUCAUAUCAUGAUUGGACCGAAGAGUUAGCCGCGGUGAGCUCUAAAAGUAAAUCGAAAGUCGAUUCGUGUAAUGGAGGCUCUAAUGGAUUCGCUAUAAGACGAAACUCUUACAGAAUGAUGCAAAGGAGUGCUAAUAACGGUGUCUAUAGAGUAGAGCCCAUGACCUCCUAUUCCAAUGUUGAUGGGCAGCGCUUUGUCGACAACGACAUCCCGGGCUUACCACUCAUUUGUCAUUACGACUCCACUCACGAGUAUAAUAGCGCACUGGACCCGGAGCUGGCAAUGCCUGAACUGAAUCGCAACACAUAUUGUAAUAUAAAUCAUGAGAAUUGCAUUCAUUGGUCGAAUGGCAAGGAUAUGAUGGCAAAUGUA